AUGAAAUCUCAAGCUGUACUUCGUCUAUGUUAUUCAACUGUUCGUCAAAAUCCAGCUAUUUGUACAGCAUAUCAGUCACGACGUUGGAUUAGUUUACAUGAAUAUCAAAGCAAAAAAAUUCUAAAUGAUAGUAAUCUUAAUGUUCAACGUUUUCAAGUUGUUGAAAAUCCUCAAGAAGCUAAACGUGCUGGAGAAGAAUUAAUGAAAACAAUUGCUAAAGAAUUAGUUAUUAAAGCACAAAUUUUAGCUGGUGGUCGUGGUAAAGGUACAUUUGAUAGUGGAUUACAAGGUGGUGUUAAACUUACAAAAGACCCAGUUGAAUGUGGAAAUCUUGUUAAACAAAUGAUUAAACAUCGUCUUGUUACAAAACAAACACCACCGGAAGGUGUUGAAGUACAAAAGGUUAUGGUUGCUGAAGCAUUAGAUAUUGAACGUGAAACAUAUUUAGCUAUUUUACUUGAUCGUGCAUAUGGUGGUGCUGUAUUAAUGGGUUCACCAAUGGGUGGUGUUGAUAUUGAAGAAGUAGCAGAAAAACAUCCGGAUCAAAUUUUUACUAUCGCUAUUGAUCCAAUGACUGGUAUGACAAAAGAACAAGCUUUAAAUAUGGCAAAAAAACUUAAUUUUAAAAAUAAAUUAGCUGAUGAAGCAGCAGAUCAAAUUCUUAAAUUAUAUAAAUUAUUUUUAAAAUAUGAUUGUACACAAAUAGAAAUUAAUCCAUUUGGUGAAACACCUGAUAAACGAGUUAUCAAUUUUGAUGCUAAAUUAAGUUUUGAUGAUAAUGCAAAAUUUCGUCAAAAAGCUGUUUUUGAUAUGGAAGAUACAAGUGAAAGUGAUCAACGUGAAGUUGAAGCAACUAAUGCUGGUUUAAAUUAUAUUGGUUUACAAGGAAAUAUUGGUUGUCUUGUUAAUGGUGCUGGUUUAGCUAUGGCUACAAUGGAUAUUAUUAAAUUAUAUGGUGGACAACCAGCUAAUUUUCUUGAUGUUGGAGGUGGUGUAAGAGAAGAACAAGUACUUGACGCUUUUAAAAUUCUUUUUAGUGAUCAGCAAGUUAAAGCUGUACUUGUCAAUAUAUUUGGUGGUAUUGUUAAUUGUGCUAUAAUUGCAAAUGGAAUUGAAAAAGCAUGUAAAAAACUUGGUUUAAAAAUUCCUCUUGUUGUUCGUUUACAAGGAACAAAUAUGGAUGAAGCUCGUCGUAUACUUGAUCAAAGUUCAUUUCCUAUUACAGCUGAAAAUGAUUUUGAAAAAGCUGCUCAAAAAGUUGUUUCAUUAGUAAAAAAACAAUAA